AUGCCGCGCCUCUUCUCCUGGGCCGGCCACCGCCUACCGAGCCUCCCCUGCGUCCCCUGCACCGGCGAUGCGGCCGGCCCGUCCAGCCCCUCCAGCCAAGCCGCGGAGACCUCCAUGAGCCUGCGCCGCCGCGGCGACGGCAGCGGCAGCGUGGCCGGCCGCGCCGCGCGCAAGUUCACGCUGGAGCAGCUGUCCGCGGCCACGGACGGCUUCUCCGCGUCCAACCUGCUGGGCCAGGGCGGCUUCGGCAGGGUGUACAGGUGCCACCUCCGCCUGGACGGCGACGACGACGAUGCCGGCGGCGCAAUGACGGCGGUGGCCGUGAAGCAGCUGUGCCGCGGCGGCGCGCAGGGGAGCCGCGAGUUCGUGGUGGAGUGCGCGAUGCUGAUGACGCUGCGGCACCCCAACCUGGUGUCCCUGGUCGGCUACUGCGCGCAGGCCCAGGAGCGGCUGCUCGUCUACGAGCUCCUCCCCCGCGGCAGCCUCGACGCCCACCUCUUCCUCCCGCCCUCCGGCGAUGGUGACCGGCCGGCGCUGGAGUGGAACACGCGGGUGAGGAUCGCGCACGGCGCGGCGAGGGCGCUGCGGUACCUGCACGAGGCGGUGUCGCCGCCGGUGAUCUACCGCGACCUGAAGCCGUCCAACAUCCUCCUGGCGGAGGACUUCAGCGCCAAGCUGUCCGACCUGGGGCUGGCCCGGAUGGGGCCCUCCGGCGACGACACCCACGUGUCCACGCGCGUGAUGGGCACCUUGGGCUACUGCGCGCCCGACUACGCGCUCACCGGCCGCCUCACCGUCAAGUCGGACGUCUACAGCUUCGGCGUGGUGCUCCUGGAGCUCAUCACGGGGCGCAGGGCCUUCGACGCCGACGCCGGCGCCGGCGACGAGAGGCGGCUCCUGGACUGGGCCAGGCCGUACCUCGCCGACGUGCGCAAGAUGUACGGCCGGCUGGCCGACCCGGCGCUGCGCGGGCGAUUCCCUCGGCGCGCGCUCUACCAGCUGGCCAUCGUCGCCUCGGUCUGCCUCCACGACAGGCCCAACCUCCGGCCCACCAUGUCGGACGUCACCCGGGCCAUCGACCACGUGGCCUCGCAGCCGUGGCAACCCGCCCCCGCCGGCGCCGGCGCAGGGGCAGCCCAUCAUCGUGCCAAAUCGUGCCAAAUAUGA